AUGGCUCGUGCCUUGCUUAUUCAGGUUGGGCUUCCAAAUCGUUUUUGGGGGGAUGCCAUUCUCACAUCCGCAUACCUCAUAAAUCGAACACCCACUCCUCUUCUCGAUGGCAAAACCCCGUAUGAAAAGUUGUUUCACCAAACUCCCACUUAUUCCCAUUUGCGUGUUUUUGGUUGCUUGUGUUUUACCUCUACCCAUGCACAGAGUCGUUCGAAAUUUGAUCCACGAGCAUCUCGGUGUAUUUUUUUGGGAUAUCCUUAUGGUCAGAAAGGAUAUCGCGUUUUUGAUCUCAGUCAACAAAAGGUGCUUGUUUCUCGUGAUGUGUGUUUUUUUGAAAAUGUUUUUCCUUUCCUCAUUCCUCACCAAUUCGCUGCGUCACCACAUCAUCAGAAUUCGCCCAACCUUUCUUCCCCUCAUCUUGACCCGUUCUUACACUUUGAAAUGGACUCCCUCUCCCAAGCCCAUCUGGCUUCCCCUAUUGCUGGGCCCUCUCCACCCACCAGCCCACCUGACCCCACUUUACCCACCACACCUACUGCAGACCUCACGGAUUUGCCUUCUCCAUCACCUACUGCAGACCUCACAGAUCUGCCUUCUCCUUCCUCAUCUCCAUCGCUCUCACCUCCCACCAUCGCUCCCCGCCGCAGCGGUAGUUCCACCCGGCCGCCUGCUUAUUUGCACGACUUCCACCUCGAGACUAGCCUCCUUUCAAGGACCACACCAACGUCAUCCACGAACUUGGUCAUCCCUUCAAGUACGGCUCACCCCCUCUCUCAGUUCUUGUCUUAUGCUCAACUUUCUCACUCUCACAAAACAUAUCUUACCCAACUUACUCUUCUUAAAGAACCUACGAGUUUCUCUCAAGCAGUCCAAAUUCCCCAAUGGCAUGCCGCCAUGAAAUCUGAGAUUGAUGCAUUACAGGCUAAUGGGACUUGGAACUUGGUGCCAUUGCCCCCUCAUAAACGACCGAUCGGCUGUAAGUGGGUAUAUAAGGUGAAAUUGAAGGCCAAUGGCACGGUCGAAGGCUACAAAGCCCGCUUAGUGGCCAAGGGUUAUAGUCAAGUGGAAGGCAUCAAUUACGGGGAAACUUUUACCCCGGUUGCCAAAUUGGUGACCGUCCGUGUUCUCCUUAAUGUGGCAUCCCUGCGUGGCUGGCAUGUCCACCAAUUGGAUGUGAACAACGCGUUUUUGAAUGGCGACCUUGAUGAGGAGGUGUUCAUGUCCUUGCCUCCUGGUUUCGGACGAAAGGGGGAGAAUCGGGUCUGUCAAUUGCAAAAGUCGUUGUACGGUUUAAAACAGGCGUCUAGACAGUGGUUUAUCAAGCUGUCUACUGCCCUCAAAGCAGCAGGAUUCCAACAGUCACGAUCCGAUUAUUCUCUAUUCGUCCGACGUCGUCAAGGCAACUUCCUAGUAUUGCUUGUAUAUGUUGAUGAUGUCAUACUGGCAGGGAACAAUUUGGAGGAUAUAGAGAACACGAAAUUAUUCUUGGCCAACCAAUUCAAGCUUAAGGAUUUGGGGCAGUUUAAGUAUUUCCUCGGCAUUGAAGUUGCCAGAUCACGGCAUGGAAUUAGUUUGUCGCAACGUAAGUAUGCCUUGGAGAUUUUGGAUGAUGCUGGAUUUUUAGGUGUCAAACCUUCUCGGUUCCUUGUGGAACAUAAUUUAUCACUCUCACAGUUCAAUGGAAAAUUAUUGGAUGAUGCUUCGGCAUACAGAAGAAUGGUUGGGAGGUUGAUAUAUUUGACCAUAACUAGACCAGACUUGACUUAUGUCAUACAUGUAUUGAGCCAGUUCAUGGACAAGCCACGGCAACCGCAUUUGGAAGCAGCCCAUAAAGUGCUUAAGUACAUUAAGCAUACACCGGGUCAAGGUAUCCUACUACCAUCUACAGGGUCACUCCAAUUGCGGGCAUUCUGUGAUGCCGAUUGGGGGCGUUGUAAAGACACAAGGAGAUCAAUCACGGGAUAUUGCAUUUUACUUGGGCAAGCACUCGUCUCUUGGAAGACUAAGAAUAAAACAACGGUAUCGCGUUCAAGUGCGGAGGCCGAGUAUCGUUCCAUGGCUACCACUUGCUGCGAAGUCACAUGGUUGAAGAACAUUUUGAAGGAUUUGGGAGUUGAUCACACGCAGCCAGUAACCCUGUUUUGUGAUAAUCAGGCGGCUAUACACAUAGCAUCGAAUCCGGUGUUUCAUGAGAGAACCAAGCACAUAGAGAUAGAUUGUCAUUUGGUUCGAGAGAAAAUUCAAAAAGGGAUGAUUCAGACAGUGCAUAUUCGAACUGCAAAUCAGCCAGCCGAUUUGUUCACUAAGCCAUUAAGCUCGACACAGUUUGAGGUGCUACUUAGCAAGUUGGGUGUCAUAAAUAUACACUCCAACUUGAGGGGGAGUGUUGAAGGAGAUCGAGCUUAG